AUGCCCAGACUGGGCGACUUCAUGACCGAGGGCAUCGUGGUCCGGCUCGCCAGGAGCCAGGGCGACGAGGUCAACCAGGGCGAAGUCAUCGCCGAGAUCGAAACAGAGAAGCUCAACUACGACCUCGAAUCGGUGGCAGCUGGCCGGUUCCACCCGUUGGUGGAUGAGGGCGCGACGGUAGCCGUGGAUGGCCUGAUCGGGUACGUGCUUGCCGAGGGAUAUGUGGAGGAUGCGCGCGCCAUUUCGGUGAUCGACGCCGGGCUCGACGCCGGCGUCAACUUCGUAGAUACAGCCGACGCGUACAACGCGGGCCACUCGGAAGUCGUCGUGGGCAAGGCGGUGAGAAGUCGGCGUGACAAGUUCGUAGUCGCAACAAAGGGGUUCAUCGCUACCGGCGACGGCCCCAACGACGUCGGGCUGUCUCGCAAGCACCUCAUCGACGCUGUCGAGAGCAGCCUGCGCAGGCUGAACACAGACUACAUCGACCUGUACCAGGUGCACUACUUCGACCCCGAUACGCCGCUAGAGGAGUCCCUCGGCACGCUGGACGACAUGGUGCGUGCUGGGAAGAUCCGCUAUAUAGGCUGCUCCAACUUCGCCGCGUGGCAGCUCACCAGGGCUUUGUGGGUUAGCGACAAGCGCGACCUUGAGCGGUUCGAGUCGGUGCAGCCGGAGUACAACCUGGGGAAGCGAGACAUUGAGGGCGAGCUGUUCGCCGUCUGCGACGAUCAGGGGGUUGGAGUCAUCCCUUACCAGGUAUUCAUGGGCGGCGUACUGACAGGCAGAUACGACGCCAGCUCUGGACCGCCGGACGACAGCCACAUGGCAUCCAGGCACGCCCAACGAGCCAAGGACACCUACUGGAACGAGCGCACGUUCGGGAUGGUCGAGACGCUCAGGUCGAUCGCGGCAGAGCUUGAAAUCAGCGUACCGCAGCUCCUGAUCGCCUGGACGCUGUCGCGUCCGCAGAUCACGUCCGUAAUCGUGGGAGCGUCGCGUCCCGAUCAGGUUGAGAGCAACGCUGAAGCGACCAGUAUAGACUUGCCUGCCUCGAUGGUAUCGCAACUGGACGCACUAUAG